UUGGAGUUUUAGGUAAGUCCCUUUGGAAUCAGACUUGUGGCUUUGGGCCAUGGUAGACCCUAACAAGUCUUAGGUGACUGCUACUGCCUCUGAAUAAGUCCACAAAGGGAGGACCCUAGCUAGUCCUGUAGGUAACCAGGUUAGGAGGGGAGUCGGUGGCUUCUGGUGGGGGUCAGUUGGUCACGGCAGGGUGUGUAAAGAGAAAGGGCAUGCUACAGGGGUUUUAGCCACAGGGAGGAGGAAGAGGUAAAGCCCAAUGGGAGCUGGGCUGCUGGGUGCCUCUCACGGCUCAUCUCUGGAGUGGUAACAAGCUAUGAGCAUGCGGCUUUGAGGGAGGAUUGAAGUGGGAUCUCUUUAAGCUUCUAGCUUCAGUUCUUUCAGGCCUCCCUAGUUCCUGGGGGACACUCUGAGAUAGGUUCUCCAAAGGGGACACUGGGGAGUGUCCCCUGGCGGGAUUAGACUACAGCUGUGAUACCUGUGUUUGCUCCAGGUGGGUACUCUGAAGACCAUGCAGCCCUCUACCAGGCCUGGGCUGCCUCUGCCCAAAUACUGCAGUGUGGCCACAGCCGGGAAAGCCCCCAGCCCAGAUGGUGCGGUGCCACCCUGGGGCCUCUCCUUCACCUGUCCCUUUGCCACGCAAGCAUCCUGGCUGCCCACGAGCUGCACACUCACCAGGUGUGGUUCUUGUCACCCAUGUUCCCACACUGCUGAUACAUCGUGGCAGGGGCUUAGCUGGCUGGGAAGAGUCGGAGAUGCUGCUGGCCCCUGGGUCCUGGCCAGGAGGGAACCGGAAGGCUUUUAUUAUCUGGCUCAGAUAAAGACUGCUCCGGAGCUGGAGAGGAGGGGGGCCCUGGUUGUGGAAUUUGAGGCUCCCCUUGUCACAGGCCUAAAGCUGCCAGGCCAGCAACGGAGAGUGGUAUUUCCAGAAGAUGUCAUUCAGUUCUCGCCAUCCAUGCCACGCUCACUGCAGCCUGGUGACAAGGUGCUGGCCCCCUGGGAAGCAGAGCAACAGCGGUACGGCCCCGGCACUGUUCUCCUGGGCUUGGAGAAGCAAAAAGGCCAGAAAGCAUCUAAAGAAGAAAUCACUGUUCACUUCUGGAAUGGCAAGACAACUAAGGUUCCUCUAGACAGGGUCAGGUGGGUGCCCCCCACUGUCUGGAAGAAGGCUGUGGAGAGACUACAAACACCUCACACCUGGGGCUGCCACAGUCCUUUCCUGUGGGCACCUCACUGUUUUCAGCUGGGACCUAACACUAGAUGCACCACACACAGAUCUCCUCUGGACUCCUCAUGUCCUCCCUGCCUCUCUUGUGUCUGCUGCCAGCCUCUGUAUCAGAGCUGUUUCUGUGGCUGUCCUUUGGUGGGGCCUAGCUGGUGGCCACUAACAAGGACCUCAGAGGCCACAACAAGAAAACUCCCAGAGUCAGAGCCGAAGCCCACAGCUCAGCUUCUGUCCCUACAAGGUCCUAAAGAAGAGGUGAUAGCAGCGUUCAGCUACAAUAUGUCCUCCUCCUCUGAGGAAGAGAAUUCAGAGAGUCAUCUGGAGAAGGGACUUCCGCAGAGACAGAUGGUAAACAGAGGAGUUAACACUGAUCCCAUCAUUUUUGAGAAGCCUCUACAGCAGUGUGGCCCCAGCCAGCCUGAGUGGAGGUACUGGAGGAGAAACGGGCCUGAGCCGCCCCCUGGAAAACCGGGAACAAGACGUUGACACAAUAAGGAAAAAGACAAGGACAACCAACAGGACAGAGUGCAAACUGCAGUUGUGGAGACCACCCAGGAGCCAGCCCUGAAAGCCACCAACAUGAGAACACGGCAGACUCAACCAGAAGCUGAACACAGACAACGAAGUCAGGGCAUUGGGACAACCAGAGGAACAAUUCCCUUAGAAGAAAAGCCCUGGGCUAGAGAGAUGGCUCAGCGGAUAAGAGCAUUGUCUGCUCUUCCAAAGGUCCUGAGUUCCAAUUCCCGGCAACCACAUGGUGGCUCACAACCAUCUGUAAUGAGGUCUGGUGCCCUCUUCUGGCCUGCAGGCAUACAUGCAGACAGAAUAUUGUAUACAUAAUAAAUAAAUAAAUAUUUUUUUAAAAAAAGCCUUGAGCAUCUGGGUAAAGCAGAAUGCCUGGGCAGGGCAUCUGAAAGACUCCAAAAGUAGAGCAGACCCCCUCUCUGGGACUCUGAGGGUACCUAUACUUUAGAUGCACAAGCUCAUACAUAUACACAUAAUUUUAAAAAUUGGGGCUAUGGUGGACUCAUUGGUUAAGAGGAUUUGUUGCUUUUGCAGAAGACUGAGGUUUGCUUCCAGCACUCAUAUGCAGCUAACAAGCAUCUUCUGGCCUCUGUGGGUACCGGGCACACACAUGGUACAUAAGCAAAAUACUCAUACACAUAAUCUUAAGACUCAAACUAGGUAUUGUGGUUCAUGCCUGUGAGGCAAGAGCAUUGCUCCAAGUAUGAGGCCGGCCUAGGUGACUGUGUACUAGGUUGGUCUGCUACUACAGUGUGAGAUCCUGUCUCAUCUGAAGAAUCAAAACAGAAACAAAAUAAAAAUUAUAGUCAGUAUAUAAGAUUUAAGGUUUUUCUCCUGGAAGGUUAAUGGGGUAAACAUUUGAAAAGGGAUUAAAAAGGGCAGCUGACAAAGCCUUAGCAGGAGUUUGAGCACA